AUGCCUACCUAUUCAUACCAACGAUCCUUUCGCCUAUGGCGCUGUUUGCACAUGGAGACCAUGAACAUAUGGACACAUCUGCUGGGCAGCUUGGGCUUCACUGCGAUUGCUUUUACAUUGAUAGCCAAGGGUCUUGAUUUCAGCCGCGGCGAUACAUUCGCUUUCGGGGCCUUCUUGGCAUCAGUUACCAUCUGUUUUGGUCUGAGUGCUGGAUUUCACACACUGAGAAGCCAUUCUUACAAGAUCCACCACCUCUGGGGCAAAAUGGAUAUUCUGGGUAUCUGUUUUCUGGCUCUCGGAGCUGGCACAUCCAUGACAUACUACGCAUUUUUAUGCAGGCCCUUUAUCCAGCGGACUUAUUGGGGACUGAAUGUAUUCUCCGCAAUUGGAGCUGCUAUCACUCUCUUUGACACUGGCGGAGGAGGAAGCAAAAUGCGGACUCUGAGAGGAGGCGUCUUUUCGUUACUUGCAGUCUCUGCUAUGUUACCUGUCAUUCAAAGUGUGAUACGGCGAGGCUGGAUGAGUGCAUGCAUUGAGAUUGGGGCUGGGUGGUAUCUUGCAGAGGCAUUUUCCCUACUCACUGGAGUAAUUCUCUUUGUCUGUCGAUUCCCAGAGAGAUUGAGUCCCGGGACCUUCGAUAUCUGGGGUCAUUCACAUCAGCUUUGGCACGCGUUCGCUGUACUUGGGUGUGUCUUUCAUUUCUUCGGGCUGAUCACCGCGUACAAUCAUAACUCGCUGCACAAAGCUUGUUGA